AACUACCCGAGGUGAUCCACAUCCAGAGGAACCACGAUGAAGCUUCACUUUGUCCUUGUUCUGAUGCUUGCAGACGCUGCAUGGGGGGCCAUCGAGAAGAGGAUUGUUGGAAGUAAGUCCUGUGAGAAGGAGAGGCAGUACCACGUCCAGAUAGAGUCUCUUCAGAAGGGGAAGUCCUGCGGCGGUGCUUUGCUUAACACCCACUGGGUCGUCACUGCGUCUCACUGUGCAGAACAGGUUGUCAAAGUGACACUUGGCUUAAACACCGAUGCGUUCAGUACUCUUAAAAAGAUGUGGUCUUUGGUGACAGGAUCGUCCAAUAAUUUAGAGCAAAACAUUAAAACCGAACAGCAGUUUACCUUCAAAGAUGGGGACAAUACCCAUGACUUUAUGCUGAUAAAACUGAACGAGGCCGUGCCCGCUAAACUUCCCACCAUCACGCUUCCUCCUGUCGGCUGUCAAAGACCAGAGCUGAACCAGCAGGUUGAAGUUGGAGGCUGGGGAGCCAAGACGGCCGACGUGACGAAGGCCAAAAAGCCUGACCGUUUGAAGUGUGCCAACACAGCCAUCACUGGAUGUGGCGACAACGAUAAACCUGGUGAUAAGUACUACAGCGAUGAAUCCACCACCAUGUGCGCCUUUAAACCCGGUGUGGAGGCCUGCCAUGGUGAUGCGGGUUCAGCUGUGGAGUACAACGAUGUCUUACAUGGGAUUAUUGUAAGCGAGCCUGUUGAUAAGUGUGCAAACCCCAUCGUCAUGCUGGAUGUCUGCUACUACAGAGAGUGGAUUGAUAAAACCAUGCGUGAAAAUGUAUGAGUAAACCACAAAAAUGUUAUGUUAGUCGAAUAUAAAACUAACAAGAUGAGGAAGAAUGUGUGGUUAGACUGCAGAUUUAUUUAAAAAAUUACUUCAGAAGUGCAUUUAGGACCACUGUGCCAUCUAAAUUACUUUAAACAUUGAUUUUAAAUUCUAAUUAAAU